AUGGCUGUCUUCCCGGCCAAACGCUUCCGCUCGAGCUCGUACAAUGGCACUAUGCCUGCUAGAUACCGCGCACUGCUCGCUAAACACCCCUUCGCUCUCUUCGGCCUCCCCUUCAUUGCGACAAUGGUUUUGGGCUCUUUCUUCUUGACCCCCGCAACCGCCAUCAGAUAUGAAAAGCAUGACCGCAAAGUCAAGCAACUGUCCAAGGAAGAAGAGCUCGGUAUUGGCAAGGACAGGCGAAGGAUUGACUUGAAGGAGGAAUACUACAGACUGGCCGCCAAGGAUCUCGACAACUGGGAACAGAAAAGAGUCAAAAGACUACCUGGCGAGCACGACGGUAUCCUUUAA